AAAGCCAGGGCUUCAACCUGCUCUCGACGCUUUGUUUUCAGCAUUUUUUUCUACUUAAAAAACUAACUUAAAUGGCUGUCCCUUCUGUCGUCUUUGUUGCUAAGGUUGUUGCUAAGGUGUUUCUUUGUGUUAUUCACAUUGUCAACUCUCAUUUUUUGGAUCAGAUUCAGCUCCAACAUAUAUGGAUGUAUUUGAGAAAUUUUCAUUUUGAUAAAGGAAAAAAAGGAGUCAAAUCCUGCUGCUAUAGUUUGUUUAUGUAGUCUACAGAGCCAGACAAAGCUUCCUGAAACUGACCAAUCAGAACAGAGCGAGCUCAUCAGGAGGAGGGCCUUAAAGAGACAGGAGCUAAAACAGCCUGUUUCAGACAGAGGCUGAACUGAGGCGCUGCAUAAAGGGCCAGUAUAAGAUAAAUAAGAGUUUUUAUCCAACCCAACUACCAGACGUACUCUGCGAGUUUGAGCUUAACGGCUCCGGUAGCCAGGUGUUCUUUGCAUGCUGGGAUGUGAAUGAACGAAUUUCACAGUUGCUAGCAGCUACCCAGAGAAUUAAUUGAGGUCCGACCUGGACUAGUGAAACGAAGAACAUUGUUUUUGGCCAGACGAACUUCUUCAGGACCUUCUUCCUGUGUUUAUGUUCUCAAUCCCACCCUAGACAAAUCUGACUUUUCGCUGUGUGAAAAGAAACCAAACCAACGGGAAAGCGCACCGCGUUUACCAACUCAUCCACUGAUUCCUAGUUACAAAAACCGUCACACACAGACCUUCGCCCCUUAUUACGGUCAUUAGUAAGAAGGUUUCAGGCACUAUUAAGGCCACAGUUUGCUUCAAACGAAGUGCUUGUCGGAUCAUCUGACAGCCUCUGAAUCAGGUCUGACAGUUUAGUAACUUUUCGAAACUGACAAUCACAGCCAAUUUGGCAGUGACUCUCAAGCUGUCUUUGUUCAUUCUUAACACAACUACUGCUGUCUCUUUUCAUGUAAACUGUGAAUGUCUUCUUGCUUUUUCACUGUUAUGUAUGAUUGAAGUCUCGCCCCUCUUUGUGACAACACUUUCACCUUUAGACGUGGUCAGACGACACUUUGUACGAACUACUUUGUUUCGAAUCUGACUUUCAAAUACGCUGUUAGACAAUUCAACAAGCACUUUGUUUGAAGCACUAAGGUCUUUACACUCUCCGAAAAUAUCAUCAUCGUAUAAUAGUCCUAUAGAGACUUACAGUGUCUCAUGUUACCCGGUAGUAAGUGUGCAGUGACCUUUCAGUGCAGUCUGGGGAAACGUGUGCGUAGGUCUGACUUCUAAUACUUCUAAUGGAGUUUUAUGAGGUUGAAACAGUAAAACGUCCCAUUUAUCCGUCCAUUUAUCAGGCUGUGAAAUUUAAGGAAGAUGGAGGGAGCCAGUGACUCAGUAAAAAGAGGAGCGCAGUAGGCAGAGCAUGAUAUGGGUCAAUAUGAGCUCCAUUAGGUAUAUACUGUAUAUACUUAUGAUGAAAGAGUUAUCCACAUAGCACCUAAUGUGUUAUGAGGAGUUCAACCAAGUAAACAUUGCUUCAUUUUAAGGAGCCACAAACCAAAAAGGAAGGAAACCUCUGAUGGGUAUUUGCCUUUUGUCUAAAUCUGCAACAUUUACAUCACAUUUAUGUCAAUUAAUGUGUAUUUGAGGGCACAAAAAACGUUUACUUUAAUCAGUGCUGAUACAGUCAGUGGUGAAAGAGGGUUCCAUGUUCCCUCGACUCUGAAUACUUUAUAUUCUGCUGGGUUUCAUCUAUAGCAAUGAAUCAUGUCAUUAAGAUGAAUAACAUAUGUGGUAAAUUUUAUAUUUGUAUUUAAUAUGAGGAUACGAUAUAGUAUUAUGUACAGUAUGUAAGUAUGGUCAUACACAUGUUCCACUUCUGAUGAUUUUUGAAUAACCUCCUAAUGGAUACUGUAUAGAAAAACAACUUGCAUUUAAUAGUGUAAUAGUAAUGUCAACAUAUGUGUAAUAACAUGUAUGUAUGUAGAUACAUAUCGGUACAUAUGGAGGGUAAAUAUUCUGUGUAUGGGUUCAUGGAGGUUGUCAAUCACAGCAGAAAUGAUUAGUCGAGUAACCGAUCAAAACAAAGGUAAUCAAUCAGUAUUUUCAAAUUAAAAAUACAAAUAAAUAACCAGUUUCAACUUCUCAAAUAUGAAUUUUUACUGGUUUUCUCAGUCAUCUAUGAGAGUAAAUGUAAUAUAUUUGGGCCUUAAACUGUUGGUUGAACGUUUUCUAACGUUUUUAUGAAAAUAAUCUUUUAUUACAGCUUUAGUAUGAAUUCUACAUGGUAUGUGUGGGGGCACUGUAUCUUGUUCAUGUUUGGCACAUGUAUGGGGAUUAUUUAAGAGGUCAUGGGACGUGUGUGUGUGUGUGUGUGUGUGUGUGUGUGUGUGUGUGUGUGUGUGUGUGUGUGAGUUUUCUGCCAGCAACCUCACUGACAAGACAGUAAAAGAGGGAAAGAAACUAAACUGAUUUCAGGAAAAGCAUUCUCUUGAGUAUUAAGUUGGACUUUUAAGUCACAUUUUUUCCACUUCUCUGAGCUCCGCGGUGCGUGCGUGCUCCAAGUCCACCGGGGUGACCGGGAGCAGCUGCCCGGGCCAUGUGCACCUGUGCAUGGCCACGCAAGUGGCAUCAGCCCUGGUGUCAGACGGUGAGAGGGAGUCGUUGAUGUUUCCCCAGACUGGGAGCACUGGUGCUUCUGCUGGAGCUGCACCAUCAGCAUGAAUAAUGUAGAUCCUGGAGGAGAUCCAAGCCCAAACACAGCUGCUGCAGAGGGUGAAACAAGGAGGGGAAGCGGGGAUAAAAGUCCGGGGUCCAUCUCAAAUGUGACCGUCAUGGAGACAGGGAUGCUCAGCGGGCAUAAAGUGAAAAACCUCGGCAGCAGCGGCGUCGGAGGUGCUCCUCCUCCUCCUCUUCCAUCAUCAUCAUCAUCAUCAUCAUCAUCUCUCCACACACCUCCGCUGUUCGGCCAGUUCAUCCAGCAGCACCAUCACCACCACCACAACAACAACUACACCAUAAACAACAACAACAACAAUAACCUCCAGCAGGGCCAGAGAGAGAGACAACAUCAUGGAGGGGAAGAAAACAUCCUCCAGGUGGGGAACAUCCAUCACCAACACCAGCUGAAUAAAAGUAAAGAGGAGGAAGAGGAGGAGGAGGAGGAGGAGGAGCAGGAGCGGAUGGAUGCCAGCCUGGGAUCAGUCACCAACACCACCAACAGCAACCCUCCUCCAUGUGGGACCAGCUCCGAGUUUAAUCAUUAUUAUGGGAAUGGAAGAAGAGGAGGGCCUUGCUUUGAUCAACAUGGCGGACAACAAAGCGCAGGGACUGGGGUAAAACCGGCGGCGCACUCGGUACACAGCACCAUGGAUCAGGUUCAAAACUCCCACGAAGGGUACAACAACAACAACAACAGCCCGUACAACCACUACCCGAACUACCGCCCUGGCUACGGGAGCAGCGGCUAUGGAGGCAUGAUGAGCCCGUCACGGCAGGGGAGUAACCUGCUGGGCCCGGCCGCUGCUAACAGCAGCAAAGCGGGCAUGAAUGCUGCUAGCACCCCGGCUGGAGGUGGAGGAGAUGGCGGCGGCAACAACGGAGGAUUUCAGCGGUUCCAGCAGCAGCAGCAGCACCCGUCGGGAGCUACACCGACUUUAAAUCAACUAUUAACGUCUCCGAGCCCGAUGAUGCGGGGUUACGGAGGUGGAUAUCCAGAUUAUAAUAAUCCUUCUGCCCCGCAACAGCCGAGCAUCGGUCCGGCUAAAGACACGGGCUCCCCGUACGGCUCGGCGGCUCACGGCUGGGGAGGACAACACAGAAACCACCCCGCCAUGAGCCCGGGGAACAACGGGCAGGGCAGCGGCAGGUCUCAGGUGCCGCCUAUGGACCCAAUGACGAUGAAGCGCUCUCAGCUCUACGGCAUGAGCAACAACCCGUACUCCCAGCAGCAGGGGGCGCCGUACCCCGGCCAGCCCUACGGCUCCCCCUCCCCACACAGAUACCCGAUGGGCAUGCCGGGCAGAGGGCAGAUGGGGAUGGGAGGGAUGCAGUACCCUCAGCAGCAGAUGGGUUCUCAGUACACUCAGCAGCAGAACGUGGGCGGUUACUGUCAGCCGGGUCAGCCGCCAUAUUUCAGCCCCCCGCAGCAGCAGCCGGCGGCGCCCAGCCAGCCGCCGUACAUGCAGCCCCGCCCACUGCCGCAGCAGGAGGUGCCACAGGAGGCGUACGGGGGGCGGGGCCAAUCCGCUGCAAUGACUCCUGGGAAACCGAACCACGAGGAGAUGAGUCUGAGCCAGCAGGAGAGGCCGUCCAGCCUGCCGGAUCUUUCCGGCUCUAUCGAUGACUUGCCGACCGGCACCGAGGCGGCAGUGAGUUCAGGAGCGUUGGGUUCUGCCGGCGCUCAGGGCGACCAGGGAACCCCGACCCGCUCUCCCUUCUCCCCUCAUGUCUCCCCCCGACUGCCCCCGCCCGCCAGAACCGGACCCUCCCCCUCCCCCUCGCCAUCACCCGCCGGGUCGCGAUCCGGACCGCUCUCCCCUGCUGCCAGCGGACCAGGCUCUCAGCUGACCCCUCAGGUCUCUGGUCCAGGAUCAGAUGUUGGUCCUCAUUCUUCCCAGUCUGCCAUGACUCAGGACAGAGGUUUCCCUCCCUCCAUGCAGCGUAGCACCCCAGGGCCCCAGUUUGGCCCCCAGCAGUCAGCACCACCCAUGUCCCCUCACCCAGCACCUGGGGGCCCCAUGCAUCACGGCUCCUACCAGCAGGGAGGCCCCUCCUACAGCCAAUAUGGACCCCCAGGUAACUUUCCCCGGCCCCCCCACUACGGUGGGGCCCCCAGUGCCAACUACAGCGGCCCCGGCCCGGGACCCGGUCUGGCUAAUAGCCUGGGGUUGAACGCCAGCAGUCCCAUGCACGGUCAGGGCCCCUCUACUCCGGCAGGUCGCGGACCCGGGCCCGGCGCAGGGGCCCGGCCUUACCCUGCCGGAGGCAGCGCCAUGGCCCCCACCUCCCCCGGUAUGCCACAGCCCGCUGGGCAGGGCAUGGGGCCCCCGGGGCCCAACGGCAGCCGCAAACCACCUGAGGUCGGCCCCAACGCCGGGCCGAGUGCCAACUCUUCCUCCACCGCCGUUGCUGCCGCCGCCGCUGCCGCCGCUGCUGCUGCUGCUGCUGCUGCUCAGGGCAGGCCUCCCUUUGCUCAUUCCCCCGUCUACCACAACCAGUCCUGGCCCGGGGGUCGACCUACCCUCUCUCCUACCCCUCACCCCUCUCAACCUCCUCACCCUCGCCACCAUCAUCCUCCUCCUCCUCCUCUUCCUCCUCAUCACCCUCAGCAGGGCUCCAAUUCUCAGCCCCAACCCGCCGUGCAGACCCCCCCUGAGCAUUAUGGGCAGGGCAGCUUCCCGGGCAUGGCACCAAUGGGAGGGAUGGGCCCUGGAGGCCCAGGAGGUCCAGGAGGUCCUGGAGGUCCCUUCAGCCAGCAACCAGGCAGCAACUCUGGGAGGAUGACGCCACAGGGACACCCCUACAAUGCCCCGUCCUCAGGCCCCAUGAUGAUGCCAGCGGACGGGAUGGGCGCUCAUCCAGAUGCCAAGCAGAGGAUGGAGCUCAGCAAAGAGGGCGUCGGUCCUGCCACUGAACCACCCAAACCCAAGGACAGCUACAGGUCUCAGUGUGUGUCCCAGCCCCCCACCCCCUCCCCCAUGUCCCCCAGCUCAGCUAGUCUGUCCUCCUGUCACGGGGAGGACAGUGAUAGCAUUAGCAGCCCUGCCUGGCCCAAGACACCGACCAGCCCCAAGCCCAGCGUGGCCACCAUGACCAACGAGAAGAUCACUCGGCUGUAUGAGAUGGGCUCCGAGCCGGAGCGGCGGCUGUGGGUGGAUCGCUACCUGUCCUUCAUGGAGGAGAGGGGGACGCCCGUCCCAAACCUCCCCGCUGUCGGCAAGAAGCCGCUGGACCUCUGCAGACUCUACCUGUCUGUCAGAGAGAUCGGAGGGCUGGCCAUGGUGAAUAAGAACAAGAAGUGGAGGGAGUUGUCGUCCCUGUUGAACGUGGGGACGUCCAGCAGCUCUGCCAGCUCUCUGAAGAAGCAGUACAUCCAGUACCUGUUCGCCUACGAGUGUAAGGUGGAGCGAGGGGAGGAGCCUCCACCUGAGGGCCUGGGGCCCGCAGGAGACGCUAAGAAACGUCCAUCACCCCAGACCAAAGUCCAGCCUCCCUCCCCAGCCAAUUCGGGCUCCCUGCAGGGCCCCAACACCCCUCAGUCCAGCAGCAGCUCCCUGACUGAGGCCCCCGGAGACCUGAAGCCCCCGACUCCAGCCUCCACCCCCCACAGCCAGAUGGGCCCACAGCCUGGAAACAGGAACAUGGGAGGAGUGAGCGUCCAGGACCCGUUCUCUGAAGGAAGCGAUCCAGCCUUCCACAACAAGCGAGGCCCGGGACCCGGCGGCACCCCCUACCAGCAGGGAGGAGGUCCUGCAGACCCCUCAAUGAGGAUGCAGUACGACGCCAACAAAGACCCGUUUGGAGGACAGAGGAAGGGUCCAGGACCCGGCGAGGCCUUUGGUCCUGGCCAGAUGCCCAGCGGUGCCAUGCAGGACAUGUACCCCCGCGGGCCGCCCUCGGGGCCCCUGACAGGGAUGGGCCCCAGGCCCCAGUACCCCUACGGCCCCGGCUUUGAGCGGAGACCGGACCAUGCGAUGGGGCCGGAGGGAGGAGGGCAGAACAGCAUGGGUCCCUCUGGAAACGAAGUCGGCAUGUAUCCCGCCAACAGAUACCCCCAUCAGAGGCACGGACACGACGGCUUCGGGCAGCAGUUUCCUCACAACAUGGCCUACGGUUCCCAUCAGCCCCUGUACUCUCAGCAGCAGGGCUACAAGCGUCCGAUGGAGGCGAUGUAUCCGCCCGCUAAGCGUCAUGAAGGCGAGGCGUUCGGCGUGCAGCAGUUCGCCUCCCAGCAGCCCGACAUGUUUGGCCCCUUCGGGGGAGGAGGAGCUGGCUACAUGGGCCCUGAGCGGCGGCCGGUCCAGGGCCAGUACCCGUAUCCAUACAACCGAGAACGCCAGGGCCCCCCGCAGCACAGCGUGAUGGGCCCAGGAGCUCCGGCGGUGUCCAGUGGACCCGGAGAGGGGCCACAGGCCAACAUGUGGCACCCCAGGACAGAUAUGGGCUUCCCAUACAGCCGGCAGGGCCAGGGGCCCCCCUACCCCGGCAUGGGCCGAGGGGACGACCAGGAGGGCAGGGCCCCCCAGGACAGCCAGUGGCCACCCAGUCACCCAGGGCAGCGCCAGCCACCGUACCCCCCCCACUCCUCAUCCGCCUCCUCUUCCUCCCCGUCCAUGCCCCCCCUCCCCUCCAGACAACCCCCCUCAUCCUUCCAGGCCACGCCCAUCGUCCCUAACCAUGUGACCCGCUCUCUCAGCCCCUCCUUUUUCCCCCGGCCCCUGGGGGGCUCCCUGUCCCCCAACAGCGCCCCUUACCUGCCCUCCAUCAAGAAGCCGGCCCCCAGUCCAGCACCCGGUCAGGGCCCGCCCCCCCUCCACAGAGACGUCAGCUUCCCCCCCGGCUGCACCGAAGCCACGCCUCCCAAACUGAAGCCACGACGCCGGCUCACCGCCAAGGACACGGGGACCCCGGAGGCUUGGCGGCUGAUGAUGUCACUGAAAUCUGGCCUAUUAGCAGAGAGCACCUGGGCUCUGGACACCAUCAACAUCCUGCUGUAUGACGACAGCACCGUGGGCUCCUUCAGCCUCACGCAGCUGCCCGGUUUCCUCGAGCUCAUCGUGGAGUUUUACCGUCGCUGCCUCAUCCAGAUCUUCGGCAUCCUAGGGGAGUACGAGGUGGGAACGGAGGGUCAGCGGACCCUGCUGGGACCCCUCCCAGACCCUCUCUUGGAGGAGGAGGCCCUCAAGGAGCCACCAGCCAAGUCUAACAGCCAAUCACAGGAAGAUAAGAGGAUAGCGAGGAGGCCGGCGGAGGAGAUGGAGGAGCUUCUCCUUCCCGCUGCACCCGCCAUCAGCACCGAGGAGACGAAAGACGCAGCCGCUGUUGUCAAGGAGGAGCCAGCGGAGCCUCGCCCCCAACAGGCCAGCAAGCACGACAAGCUGCCAAUCAGGGUGGAGGAGACGGGGGAGGAGUGGCAGCAGGUGGAGGAGCGCUGGGCCGAGCUCAGCCGCCCCAACGGCUUCAUCAGCGGCCUCCUGCACUGGAAGGCCGGAGGAGGAGACUCCACCACUCACAUCCAGACACACCUGGAGCCCCGAGUAGGAGGCUCCGCCCCCCCAGGCCCGCUGGAGAGAGAGGGGAGGGGGGGAGGAGAAGAGGGGAGGAGUCAGGAGAUGGGGGGAGGAGCUUCAGAGUGCAGAGGUCAGAGGUCACCGGCGUCUCAGAGUCCCAUCAGCCAGCUGGAGGACGAGCCUCGCUGCUGGGACGAGGCUCCGCUGUCCACCGCGGAGUCCUGGCAGGACUCGCUCACCAAACGCUGCGUCUGCAUCGCCAACAUCGUGCGCGGCCUCUCCUUCGUCCCCGGCAACGACGCCGACAUGUCGCAGCACCCCGGCCUGGUGCUGAUCCUGGGCCGGCUGGUUCUGCUGCACCACCACCACCCCCGCAGGAAACGGACGCUGCCCACCUACCAGCGGGAGGAGGAGCAGGGGCUGGCGUGCAGCCGGGACGAGUGGUGGUGGGACUGCCUGGUGGCGCUCAGGGAGAACACGCUGGUGACGCUCGCCAACAUCGCCGGCCAGCUGGACCUGUCGCAGUACCCCGAGAGCAUCUGCCUGCCCAUCCUGGACGGGCUGCUGCACUGGAUGGUGUGCCCGUCUGCCGAGGCCCAGGACCCGUUCUCCUCGGCGGGCGGCUUCUCCUCGCUCACGCCGCAGAGACUGGUGCUGGAGUGUCUGUGCAAGCUGAGCAUCCAGGACUGCAACGUGGACCUGCUGCUCGCCACCCCGCCCUUCAGCCGCCAGCAGAAGCUCUUCUCCACGCUGGUGCGCCUCGUGGGCGAGAGGAAGAGCCAGGUGUGUCGUGAGAUGGCGGUGGCCGUCCUGUCCAACCUGGCGCAGGGCGACCCUACAGCGGCGCGGACCAUCGCACUGCUGAAGGGCAGCGUGGGAACUCUGAUCGGCUUCCUGGAAGACAGCGUGGCCAUGGCUCAGUAUCAGCAGAACCCGCACAGCCUACUGCACGCCGCUUCGCCACACGAGCCACCCAGCAUCAACAUGAUGUGCCACGCUGCCAAGGCGCUGCUGGCCAUGGCGAGGGUGGAGGAGAACCGGACGGAGUUUGUUCUGUACGAGAGCCGGCUGCUGGACAUCUCGCUGUCAGCCGCGCUCAGCUCCUCGGUGGCAGCCAUCAUGUGUGAAGUACUCUUUAAGAUCGGCCGCUCGUGACACGAACACCGCCACGGAGCAUGCUCAGUGACGCUGGAAGCAGCUCUGCCCAUGUGACGAACUGGCUCCUAUUAUAUUUUUAUUUAAAGAACAGAACGCAAAGGUUUUUACAUACAAAUGAAUAUAUAUAGAAUAUAUAAAGUUCCUCGGCUCCAUCUGCAAAUGUUUAUUUGGGAUUUUUAAGUAAUUUUAAUACAAAAAUAUUUAAUACUUGUAUUUUUAAUUUUCUAUUCUUUUGUCAGUUUGUUUUUUUUGUUUUGUUUUAACCAAAGUGUGUGACGGUGGAGAACGCUCGGGUUCUGGCUCUUCGAUGUUUUUUAAACAGACGUGGUCGUUUCUUUAUGUUUGCGGGGCUGUUUUUUUGGGGGGGGGGCGGGGUUAGUUAGAUUCUGGGGGCGUGGUCAGAUUUAUUUAAAUAGUGACACAUGUUGUAGAUAGGCCUCUCUUUUCUCAUGUGGUGUGACAGAGAAAACACUGAUGUUCAGUCAUGUACUUUGUUCUGGUGCAAUAGGACUUCUCGGUUUGUUUUGGGGAUUUAAAUGUGAAUUAUUUGGCCAUCUGCAGUUUGACCAUCAGUAUUUUGCCGAACCACAGCAGUAUCCAGCGAAAAGGGGGCUGCGUCACUUUUUUUUCUGUUUUUUAAGAACUUUUUAUGUCUGCUCCACCAAUCAAAUCUAAAUUUCCCUCCACUGUCAUUGUCCUCCUGUAAAUAGAAGAUGUACAUUUGAGCUCCAGCAGGUGGUGUCAUGACUCUGACGGUAGCUGGAUAAUUAAUUAACGGUUGUCAUUUAUAAUCACAACUCUGCUCACCUGAAGAUUCAGUUUCUCUCUUCCCAGCAGGUGGAGACAUUUUCUUUUUCUGUAUUUAAAGUAAAAAAAAAAAAAAUCUCAGUUUCAGGAUGUUUUUUUUUGACAGAUGAUGUGGGUCUGAUUUGAUGGACUGUAUGUACAGGAGGUCGGGGUGCGGGACUGUACUCAUUGCUAACUGACACAACUUCAAAACAGUUAUAACAAAUGUAAAGAGAGAAAAAAAAAGAAAAUCUCUACAUCCAGAACGUCUCCUGUUUGAUUUGACCGUCUUGAGAUCUUCAAAUGUUCCACAACAUGUUAAAGAAUAAACGUACAUGAACUCUGGUUGAGCACUGUGAA